CCUUGUUACUUUUUUACCUCAAUCAAAAAGAAAAAAAAAUGCCUGAUCCUAACUAUGGUACAGGAUAUGCGGCUGGUGAUGUUUCAUGGAUUUUAUCUUCUACUGCUUUGGUAUGGUUGAUGAUACCUGGUGUAGGUUAUUUCUAUUCUGGUAUGGCUCGAUCUAAAAACGCAUUAUCUUUGAUUAUGUGUUCAGUCUUAUCUCUUGUCGUUGUCUCUGUACAGUGGUUUAUUUGGGGUUAUAGUUUGACCUUUAGUAAAUCGGCUUCUCCGUUUAUUGGUAAUUUGGAUAAUGCUUUUCUUCGAGGUGUAUUGGGUGAUCCUUCUAUUGGUAGUAAAUCUAUUCCCGACAUUGUCUUUAUGAUUUUUCAAUGCAUGUUUGCAGCUCUUACUCCUGCCUUAGCUAUAGGCUCAGCUGCUGAAAGAGGGCGUUUAUUACCUAUGGUGAUAUUUAUGUUCAUAUGGUCGACCAUUGUUUAUGAUGUAAUCGCUUGUUGGACUUGGAAUCCUAAUGGAUGGAGUGCUAAGCUAGGUGGGCUUGAUUUCGCAGGUGGUACGCCUGUCCAUAUCUCUAGUGGAUUUGCUAGUCUUGCUUAUGCUUUGGUAUUGGGAAAACGACAAGGUCAUGGAAGUUUAUCUCAAGCUCAUGAUUUUAAACCUCAUAAUAUGUCCAACGUUGUUUUAGGUACUGCUUUACUUUGGUUUGGAUGGUUUGGAUUCAAUGGAGGAUCUGCCCUUGCCGGUAACUUGCGUGCUGCAAUGGCAUGUGUUGUGACCAAUUUGGCUGCAGCCGUGGGAGCCAUCACUUGGAUGUGUUUGGAUUAUCGUAUUGAACGCAAGUUUACUGCUCUUGGUUUCUGUUCUGGUGCUGUAGCUGGUUUGGUGGCCAUCACACCUGCUUCUGGUUUUGUCGGUCCUGGACCUAGCGUGGCAAUUGGUUUUUUGGGUGCAAUUGCUUGUAACUUUGCUGUCCAUUUGAAACAUAUGUUCAAUUAUGAUGAUGCUUUAGAUGUGUUUGCUGUACAUGGAGUAGGUGGCUAUGUUGGUAGUAUUUUGACUGGUAUCUUUGCUGAAUCUUACAUUGCAGGUUUGGAUGGAUCAACUGAUAUUGCAGGUGGAUGGAUGAAUCAACAUUGGGUACAAAUCGGCUAUCAAUUCGCUGAUGCCACUGCUGGUGCAUCAUGGUCUUUCUUUAUUACACUUUUGAUCUUAUUGAUCAUGGAUCGGAUUCCUGGUCUCUCGUUACGUGUGGAUCCUGAAAUGGAAUUGCAAGGUUUAGAUGCAGCAGAAAUUGGGGAAAUGGCAUACUAUCAUGUAGACAAGAUCGUUACCGUGGAUCCUACCAGUGGACAACAAAAAGUCGUGUCUGAACGAGUACGUGAAGUACAUCAACAAGCAUCGCCGAAUGGUGAAAUCGAUACCGACAAGACAGCUACUUUACCUUCUCAACUCAAUAAUGUUUAAUUAUUAUUAUUAUUAUUAUUUUUAUUUUUAUUUUAUGAUGAUUGUUAUAAUCUUCCUUUUUUUUAUUUAUAAAGAAAAUGAAAUCUAGUAUAUAUUUUAUAUUCCUUUUUUUCUUUUUUUUUUCCUCGUAUUCAUCCUUUGUAUCAUAUACUUCACUAUCGAUUUGCCUCCCCAGUUAAUAAACUAUAUAUCCCUGCAAUAAACAUCAUAAUUUCUAAUGAAA